AUGGCCGCCAAUCAGCCUUCCGAUACCGAGUUCCCGUGCACUCUCACAAUCUCCCUCCCCCUUCCAAGCCAUCGACUCGCCUCCUCGGCUAUGCGCGCUCUCGAAGUCGACGCCGAACUCUCCCCGCACGUCCGGCGCUGCUUCGCACUUAAGAGUUCCGAACCCCAAGAGCAGAGUACGGGCGGCGAUGAGGGGAAGACCGUCCUCGAAACGACCUACAAGGCUACUACGAAUCGCAUGCUGAGAGUCGCUGUGAACGGAUUUAUGGAGAGUUUGGGUGUUGUUCUUGGAGUUAUGGAAGAACUAGAUGUGGAUGUGUUGAAGGGGGAGGGUGAUGAAUAA